CCAUGGUGAGAUUAAUUCAAUAAAUAUCUGCUAAAUGUCUGCACUGUGCUAGAGACACUGUGCUAAGGGCUGGAGAUAUAAAAAAAGAGGAAAAAGAAAAUCCUUGUCCUCAAGGAGCUUAUAUAGAAAUAGAUAAAUAAAUAGAAAGGGGGAACAACAUGCAAACAAAUAUAUACAAAGCAAACUACAUAUUGGGUAAAUAGGAAAUAAUUGGCAGAGGAAUUAGCAUGGAAUUACCUUAGAGACUACAGUGGAGGUAAAAUUAUGAAGGAGAACAGUGACAAUGUGAAGCCUAUAUUCAGGAAAAUUAUUACUUGUUUAUUCAAAGAUAUUUUAUUUUCUUAGUUACAUGUAAUAACUACCAAAGGGUAGUUUACUCAUCUCUGAGGAAAUUAUUAUAUGUAAUUCAAAUCUAGCUAUUAAACUACAGGGACUGUCUCUGUGCAUCGACUUUUCCACUUACAUCUCCUUCACGCACAAGUGUCUUUGUGCACAAAAACGCACAAAGACAAUCGUCAUCCUCGGUUACUGAGAGACUACCACUAUACAAACAUAUUUAUGUAGUGUUUAUUAAGUUCCCUCCUCUAGAAAAUAGCUAAAAGUUGCCCUGGACAAAUAAAAGUCUUAGUCUCCAAAAGCUAGCCUGGCACAUGCUCUGCUCUGAACUCUCUCUGACACUCUACCUGUCAAAGAAGAAAUACAUAUAAUAACUAGUCUUGGCAUUGCAUUUUACUAGUUUCAAAGCUCUUCCUUCAAUGAACCCCAAAGGAGAAGACUGCACUGUUCCCAGAGCUGUUAGCUUUGCUCUCUUCUUCCUUGCUGUACUUUACUAGAAAAUGCACUGAACUUGGAAGUGAAAAUUUGGAGUUUUAGUGUUGAAUCAGUCACUUACUGCCUACAUGACCUUGAUCAAGUGGCUUAAGAUGGAGGAAGCUGUUUUCCUGAUUUCUCAAAUUCUGUUUAAAAUAGACGCUCCUGGGGGUAUUGGUUCCAAGGCAGAAGGGCAGUCAGGGCUAGGCUGUGGGGGUUAAGGGACUAUCCUUGAGUCCAGCUUUUUCUGGCUUGAAGGCUAGUUCUCUAUCCACUAUCUCAGGGUGUCUCUAAGAUAGAUGAUAAUGAGAAAUUCAUAGAAAGGCCAAAAUGCCUAUGAACCUCCAGAGCGAAAUAAGCAGCACCAAAGAGAACAGCCUACACUGUGAUGAUGUAAAUGGAUGAUCCCCCAAAGGUCCCAAACUGUGGACUGGAAAAGCAGCCACAUCCCCUAAGAAACAGAUAAUGAAACGGCUUCCCUUAGGUCAAAGGAGGACAGAGUUGCAUCCAUCCUGUGAUGGGCCCUCUUGCUUGAGGUUUUGUUUAAUGUAUUACAACAAUAAAUAUGAACUUGUUUUUCUUUGUCCCAAAGGAAGCUCUAUUUCAAAGGGGGGAAUUAAAAUGCCAGUUUUGGAAAAACAGGGACAGAUAAUGAACUAGAGAAGGAAUCAAGAGAGCCCAUGUUCUUAGGACUUGCAGUUAAAUCCUGACUUUGCCACUCACUUACUACCUGGGUGCCCUAGAAGCAGAGGGAUGAUGAAGAAUGGGGCCAUGAAGACCUGCCUCAAACAUUUACUGAGCUGUGUUUCCCUAGUGAAUCUCUUAAAGCUUCUUUUUCCCCCUCUGUAAAAUGGAGAAAACGGUGUAGCCACUUUUUCUAGAUAUUUUGGGUACAUUGCCAGGAGAGUAGGGCCCAGGUUUCUAUGUGUAUUAGGCAUCUCAUGGUCUCUGUCUUUUGCUUUAAAAUUGUAGUAUAUUAUUUCUUGGCCACAUCCCAGGACGUUAUGAGAACCAAAUAAGAUAACAUUUGUACAACACUGCAAAUCUUAAAAGAUUAUUGACCUAUACAUAUAUACCCACACAGUACUUUGCCAAUCUCAUGUCUUUUAAGAUUGGCAAAGUACUGUAUAUAUAAAUAAUUAACAUUUGCUGUAUAUCAUGCUAGCUAUUAUUAUUAUACAUAAUUUUUCUCUUUGGGAGUCCGUAGUUUAUUAUUAUUAUUAUUAAAGUCCCAUUUCGGGACUUGAUUUUAUUAUUAUUAUACAAGGCAUUUCUUUUUCGGGACUCACUUUUUAUUAAGUCAUUUUGAGACUCAGUUAAGACUCAAUUCCAAUAUUAUUAUUAUUAUUCAAGUCUCUUUUCUGCAGUGUUUUAUUUUUAUUGUUGUUAUUAACGAUUAUUAUGCAAGUCACUUUUCAAGACUAAGUAUUUGUUAUGAUUAUACAAUCACUUACCGAGCCUCCGUCUAUUAUUUGUUAUUAUUAUUAUACAAGUCAGUUUUCUCUACAGGACUCAGUUCCUUCCUCUGUAAAAGGAGGGAAUUGGAUCCGGAGGGCGAGCUCCCAUCAAGCUCCCCCAAGGGCUGAUCCUGGGUUGGGCGGUCCCCCCCCACACACACACACACACACAGCAGCCGCGGGUGAUUAGGCUCCCGCCUCUCCGGGAAGGGCUAUCUAGAAGAUCAGUCUGCCGGCUGCUGCCUCCCUACCUUUAUCUGCCCCGCGGCAGCCCCGGAGCUGACUCAUAAUCUAUGGGUCCCGGGGUAGAGCGGAUCCGCAUGCUCGAAGGUGGAACUACAGAUCCCAGCAUCCCCGCUCACUCCGCCCCUUUCUGUGGCCUCGGUGUGGGAUCAGGUUUAGUUUCCUUUUCCCUCGGCUCUCUACACCUGAGCAGCUCGCGAGAGCCAGCCGCCUGUCUUGGCUUGAGAGGGAGCUCCGGUUUGGGGGACCAUGGCCUCAUCCCUAGGAAAGCUGAGUGGUCGCCGGGUUUGUAGCGUGGCGCUGGGGAGCGGACUGCCGCGCUCCCGGACCUUGGGCCCUGCGGGUGGGCGCAUAUGCCUCUCUGCGCUCGGGGGGACUGGCUCCGCUCAGAUCCGGGGGCUGGGCUCUGGCUCCGGGACGGGAGGAGUGGGAGCCGGGGGCGGAGCGAGAAGAGCUCCUUGGCUAGUGGCCGGACUGGCGGCGGGGCUGGCCGGGGUGGCUGCAGCCGCUUUCCAUCACUUGGCGCCUGCCGAGAUGGUCCCCAGGACCGAGGUCGCGUCCAGCGUCCCGGACAAGGCAGACGAUUUAGCUCUCCGCUGCAGCUCCUUCAUGACCCAGCCUGUGACAGCCCUGUCCGAGCUGCGGGCCCGGCCGGGAGACAUGAAGACCCAGAUGGAGCUGUUGAUCAUGGAGACUCAGUCUCAGGUGUGCCAGGCGCUGGCGCAGCUAGACCGGGGCGCCACCUUCGCCGUGGAUCGUUGGGAGAGGAAGGAAGGAGGAGGGGGCAUCAGCUGUGUGCUUCAGGAUGGGCAUAUCUUUGAAAAAGCUGGAGUCAGUGUUUCUGUAGUUCAUGGGGUUCUUAGUGAGGAAGCAGAAAAACAAAUGAGAAGCAGGGGAAAAAAAUUCAAGACCAAAAAUGGUCAGUUGCCCUUUUGUGCUAUGGGAGUGAGUUCUGUCAUCCACCCCAAGAAUCCUCAUGUUCCCACCAUUCAUUUCAACUAUAGAUAUUUUGAAAUAGAAGAAGCCGAUGGGACCAGGCAAUGGUGGUUUGGUGGUGGAUGUGAUCUUACUCCAACUUAUUUGAACAAAGAGGAUGCUGUACACUUCCAUCAAACCCUAAAGGAUGCUUGUGACCAGCAUGACCCAGGCUUCUACCCCAAGUUUAAAAAAUGGUGUGAUGACUACUUCUUUAUAAAGCAUCGCGGAGAGAGGAGAGGGAUUGGGGGGAUAUUCUUUGAUGAUCUUGACUCCCCCUCCAAGGAGGACAUCUUUCGUUUUGUCCAAAGUUGUGCCCGCGCUUUUAUACCUUCUUACAUCCCCCUGGUGAAGAAGCACUGCAACGACCCAUUUACGCCUCAGGAGAAACACUGGCAGCAGCUCCGCAGAGGGAGGUACGUAGAAUUCAAUCUGCUCUAUGACCGAGGCACCAAGUUCGGCCUCUUCACUCCGGGAUCGCGGAUCGAGAGCAUCCUCAUGUCCAUGCCGCUGACGGCCAGAUGGGAAUACAUGCACGCACCGUCCGAGAAUUCCAGAGAAGCGGAGAUCCUAGAAGUCCUGAGCCACCCCAAGGACUGGGUGCACUGAGGCGCUCAGGGCGGACAUCCCGCGGUCGGAGGAAAACCAGCCUUGAAACGCCCUCCUCUAGGCUGCCACGUGGGGGGCCAUGGACCACGUGCCUUAAUCCAGUGUCCAAUCUGGGUCUGACCUGCAGCCUGAGGAAUUGCUUUAAAGACCCGGAUGUCUGCCUGCCCUGUUCGCCCCCACGGGUGAAAUGCCCAAGCGAUGGCUGGGCCUAUUUUAAAAACUAACAAACUGCUCCAAAAUCCAUUCUUUUAGUGAGAUUUUCAUGUGAUUUUUCUGUUGCAACUCGUAAAACUGGCUUCAGAGAAGUACUUGAUGUUUACACGUAGCAAAUUCAACAACUCAGGGCUGGAACAAAUUGUUUGGGCAAACUUUGUUGGAGAAAAUUCUUGGCAGAUGAUUUUGGUGUUUGUUCUUUUAGGGUUUUUGAUCUUCAAACAGGCCUUUGCCAAGUUUCCCAGGUCAUAUAGCUUUCUUAAAUCCAAAUAUGGACUAAUAGAUGAAAGUAACAUUUCGUGGAGCUAUGAAAAUAUCUUCCUACACAUUUGUUUUGUUGAAUGCAUAACUGUACAUAUGUGAUUUUAAUAAUAGUUUUUAAAAUCUCUCCAGAAGGGAAUUGGAUGUUUAAGGGAAACGGAGUAGCUCAGCCUCUGAUAAUAUCAAGUAUGAAAGCUCUAUCACAUUUUUCUUUUUCAUAUUUUCCUUUGUUUAUUCUUUAAUAAUGUGUUACACUUAAUGCAAAUUUGUUUUAUUUAGCUGACAUGUACCCAAGUUUUUGUGCUUUAUGAAUAGAAUCUUAUCAUAGAAGAAUAGACUAAGAAAAAGAAGUCAGUUUUAAAACCUGACAUAAAUUCUGAUGUUUUCCUUCUCAUCAUUCUGAAAAGAUUAGUUACCAGAAUAUCUGUUAGAGAGAUGAAGCACUCAGUUACAUAGGCAUCCACUUCUGUGAAGGCAAGUUUUUAGGAAUGGACCAUGUACCUUCUUUAUUAUGUGAUUUGUUAUAAACACUUCAAUUUGCAUAAUUGUUACUUAAAUAAGGGUUGUAAAUAUUACAGAAUUGCAUUUUGGUGUUUGUAGGACUUUAAUUGUUUUUACAUCUAACAUGGCAUAGAACCCCAUUAAACCAGUUGAUGGGCUCUGGGGUUUUUUAAAAUAUCAUAAUAGUGUUGAUAUCAAUCAGGUGCAAACUUUUUACAGAGUCCCUGGGGAGUGGGGUGGGGCACUUAUUUAGAAAAUGCUGCCCUCCCUGUCUUUUUGUUUUUAGUUUCAAAAGGAUGCAGUAUCUUGUUUUUAACUUGUUUUAUGUUUUAUUAUUUUUUCAGAAGUGAGCACUCUUUUAAAAAUGUUCAUUAAAAUUAUUUGUCCUUCCUGUGAAAAUAAAAGUGCUAGAGUUUUGAAAUCAUUGUGUUGGGAGAAAACCAAUACUUUAUGUUGUAUUUGUUUAUUUGUGAGAACUGAAGUAUUUUAAAUGAAACACCUGAUGUAAGUGCAAGUCAUCUUAUUUUGGAAAAUGCUGAAUGUUUAAGAUCUGGAUAUUUGUUCAGAGCUGGUAAACGUACACAUCUCUGUUGUAUUAGGUUUGUUAUCUAUGUCUUUACAUGAAUUGCAGUAGAGUAAAUAAAUUGAUUUUGUUACUGAUGACCUAAAAA